AGUGAGCGGUAGGUAUCGCCGAGUGCGCGAGCAAAACGAGCCAGGAGCCGACAGGAUACGUCUUCUCCGAAUCACUCGCAGUUGCUUUUUACGCGCAUUUAAGCGAACCGAACCUUGUGGAACUAUACCCGGGAGUGGAUACGCGACACACGGGGGAUUUUUUUCAGGACUAAACUCGAUUUGAGAGGAGAGCAGAGCAGAGAGUCCGGGACUGUACCACGCAGGAGUGUUUGGAUUCGGGAUCGGACCAAACAAAAGCCGACGCGGCGACACUCUAAGCGCUCCUCCUGGGAAUUCACCGAUACCACUCCAACAUGGCCGCCCCGUCUGCCUGUCCUGCGUGGAGAGCUGGAGUACUGACCCUGCUUCUGUCCGCUGUGGUCCACUGUAACGACAUCUAUGAGUACGACCCGCUGCAGCCCACCACCUCGGAUGAGACGGUUUCGGUGGGGGGCACGGUGACACUGACCUGCAGAGUGGACGAGAGCGAUAACUCCUCCCUGCAGUGGUCCAACACAGCCCAGCAGACCCUGUACUUUGGAGAGAAGCGAGCUCUUCGGGAUAAUCGGAUCCAGCUCCACCGCUCCACCCCCACAGAGCUGUCCAUCACCAUCUCUGAAGUGCAGCUGUCUGACGAGGGCGAGUAUACGUGCUCCAUCUUCACUAUGCCUGUACGCACCGCCCGCGCCAGUGUCACCGUGCUCGGCGUUCCCACCAAACCUCAGAUCUCCGGCUUCGAGGCAGCUGUUCCCGAGGGAGAAGAGGUGACACUGACCUGUACCUCCAGCGGCAGUAAGCCCCCUGCUGUGCUGCACUGGUACCGCGGGGACAAGAGGCUCGCAGCUCGUCCAGACGUGGUGGAGUCGACCCCGGGGGAGCCCACCUACAGCGUGCGCAGCGAGGUCACCCUGACGGUGUCGCGGAGUGAUGACAACGCUCUGGUGACGUGUGCGGUGGUGCACCCGUCCCUCGCCCCCGGAGAUAAGCGCAGCGAGCAGCCCCUCCGUGUGCUCUACUCUCCGGAUGUAAAGAUCCUUCCACAGAGCGACCUGCCCAAAGAAGGAGAGAGAUUCUACCUGAAGUGUGAGGGCAGCGGCAACCCAGAACCCUCCACCUUCACGUGGCAGAAGAAAGACGGAGAGCUGGGCCCUCAGGUGACCAUCGAUCGCGCCUUCCUUAACUUCGAGAUGCUCAACAAGUCUCACAAUGGCGUGUACCUGUGCCAAGCGGGCAACGGCAUCGGGAGCCAAGGCCAGGGAGAGUACACGCUGCUAGUACAAGACCCCACAGCCAUGGCGUCCGGCUCGGGGGUGGACCACGCUGUGAUCGGGGGAGUGGUGGCCGUCAUCGUCUUCAUCCUCCUGUGUCUCCUCAUUGUCUUGGGCAGAUACCUCAUCAGACACAAAGGAACAUACCUGACCCACGAAGCCAAGGGCUCAGACGACGCUCCCGACGCAGACACGGCGAUCAUCAAUGCAGAGGGCGGGACAUCUGGCGUGGAGGACAAGAAAGAGUACUUCAUUUAGACCCGGGAUCCUACAGCUAACAACCGCGACGGAGAGGGCGACGAAGAGGAGGGAGCGAAACGUUUGGGAGAGAGAGAGAGAGUGAAGCUCCGAAUAAACAACCGCCAUUUUGUUUUCAUUCUGUUCUUCACUCAGUCGGAGGGAUACGGGGGGAAGGGGAGAGGGGAGGUUUGGCUAACGGCUAUUGGCUAACAGCUACUGGCUAACUGCUAAUGGCUAAUGCUAACGGAAAAUGGGAAACAGUGACACAACAGCGCUACAUGGUACUACCCCUUUUUUGCAUUGAUACAGGGAAGUAAAGUUUUUGCACUGACUAAAAAUGGACAACAGAACAGAACCAGUAACCACGCCGUCUGGGGGACUCUUGCCGAUGACUUGAAUGCUUGUUCCCUACUAACACGUCGCUCCGAAUGCAAAAUUGUAAUCCAUAUUCAAACUUAACCCAUGCAUUUUAAUCACGCAUUUUCACACUUAACAUAUUAGAUUUGCUGUCUUAUUGAGGUACUUCAACCAAUCAGAUAUUUACAUCUGCCUAAAGUAACCAAUGGUAAAUAGGCAAUGCACGAUAUUGUUCCAGGAAAGGUCCACGUAAGGCCUUAUGUAGCUAUAGAACACAAAAGUAGUCGUGGAAACAUACACAUGUGAAUUCAUGAUUUCUUCGUGCUGUAAUGAUCUGAUAUUUCGUUCAGAGUGGACACCUUUUGUUGUUCCUGUUACUGUUUAUGUGUUGUUGCCAUGGAAGUAUAAUACAAUCUGGAAGAUGAACCAAAGAUGCCGUUGUGUUGUUUUAAGUGGCCUGAGCUCUGCCCCCAAAAAAUACUGAAUAGCUGAAGACUGGCCUAGUGCUGCCCAAUAUGUGAGGGUCAAGUAUGAACAAUCAGAGUGAUAGCUGCUAGAGAGGAGCUAGCGCAGGUUCAGAGCGCUGCUAGGCUAAAUAUUACAAAGCUAACUUUUCGGCACAUUGAGAAUUUAUUGUUGUUAAAAGACACUGCCUGGCCAAAAAAAAAAGUUGCCAUUAAAUAAAAAAAAGUUCACACUCUCUAAUAUUUGGUUGUUCCGCCUUUAGCUUUGAUUACGUCACACAUUCGCUGUGACAUUGUUUCGAUUUCGCUUCUGUAAUGUCACAAGAUUUAUUUCCGUCCAGUUCAUUAAUUUUUAACCAAGACUGGCUGCACAAAGCCUUCUCCAGCACAUCCCAAAGAUUCUCAAAGGGUUUAAGGUCUGGACUCUGUGGUGGACAAUCCAUGUGUGAAAAUGAUGUCUCAUGCUUCUGAACCACUCUUUCACAAUUUGAGCCUGAUGAAUCCUGGCAUUGUCAUCUUGGAAUAUGCCCGUGUCAUCAGGGAAGAAAAAAUCCAUUGAUGGAAUAACCUAGUCAUUCAGUAUAUUCAGGUGUCAGCUGACCUCAUUCUUAGAGCACAGACUGUUGCUGAACCUAGACCUGACCAACUGCAGCAGCAAACAUAUUUGCUUAGUUAAAUCCAGGUGGGGACUUUUUUUUUUUUUUUUUUGGCCAGGCAGUGUAUAAAAGAAUCCCUACAAAUCUGGCCUUUGUGGAUUCUCAAACGAUGCAUUGUCGCAUGACGCAUUGAGCGGCCACCAGUCGAUCUCACUCGUUAGUAUUAUAGAUCCACGGUUGUUGUUGUUGAUGUAACUGCUUUCGUAUGUUGCUAUGCUAACAAGUUGAUGUGAAGGUUCUAUUGGUCGGUUUUGACGGUUUUGGUUCUAGUCAGUUUCUUCUGGUUGUUCAUUUUCUGAACACAAGGGUGACUGCAGGCCGUAUCCCACAACAAAACAAGAGCAAAAUAACAGCAGAAAAAAAACAGACCAGCGAAUGACCAAUCCAAUCUUCAUGUAAACUUGUUGUCAUAGCAACCAAGUGUCAUACAAAAGCAGUUACUGUACAUUCACAAUAAUAAACAGCAUAAACAACAAAAGGUGCAAACCCCGAAUCAAACACAAAAUAUCACAUCAUUACUAUAUUACAAAUUGAAUACAUACAUUUACAAUAGAAAACAACUUGGUGAAAAUUGGUUCUGCUAACUAUGAUAUGCAUAAGGUUUGUCAAUAGUUGCGUUCUAUCUUUGACGAGCUUCUGUUACUACCUCCCACUAGGGCCAAAAGUUGAAACUAGAUCAUUUAAAGGUGGAGGAAUCCCAUAUUAAAAGUACUGGACAGUGAAGAUGCACUUCCUCUGAGUGGUAUGGUCCAGGGCGUUAUAGA